GACUAGUGACAACAACUGACAACUGACAAGUGGAGCAGCACUACAUAAAAAGGGCAGGAGGGGAUGAUGCGGGCGCUACAAAGUGCUUCACAUCUUUGCCUCGUUCGUCCUCCGGUUUUCUCCGCAGUUUCUUGAUCCAUCCGCCUUUCCUCUCGCAGCCGUCGGCGGGGGGAGUGGUUAGUUGGUUACUGGCUUGCAGAGUUUUCAGAGAGAUUUAGGCAAUGGCGGAAUCAGGCCAAUCGAUUGCGAGUGAUGUGACUGCACUGAUCGGCAAUACUCCCCUGGUGUACCUGAACAAGGUGGUGGAUGGAUGUGAGGCCCAAAUCGCUGCCAAGCUUGAGAUCAUGGAGCCCUGCUCCAGUGUCAAGGAUAGGAUUGGUUAUAGCAUGAUUACAGAUGCAGAAGAGAAGGGUCUCAUUACUCCAGGAAAGAGUGUUUUGAUUGAGCCUACUAGUGGAAAUACUGGUAUUGGCCUUGCUUUCAUGGCUGCUGCCAAGGGUUAUAAGCUAAUCCUGACAAUGCCAGCAUCCAUGAGCAUGGAAAGGAGGAUCAUUCUUAAGGCCUUCGGUGCCGAGUUGGUCCUUACCGAUCCACUUCUGGGCAUGAAAGGUGCAAUCCAGAAGGCAGAUGAGCUGGCAGCAAAGAUGCCUAACUCUUACAUUCUCCAGCAGUUUGAGAACCCUGCAAACCCAAAGAUCCACUAUGAGACAACUGGACCUGAGAUUUGGAAGGCCACUGCUGGGAAAGUUGAUAUCCUUGUCUCUGGCAUUGGAACCGGUGGUACAGUAACCGGAACAGGAAAGUACCUCAAGGAGCAGAACCCUGAGAUCAAGAUCUAUGGUGUUGAACCGACAGAAAGUGCAAUUUUAUCUGGAGGAAGACCUGGUCCACACAAAAUCCAAGGUAUAGGUGCUGGUUUUGUUCCUGGUGUACUUGAUGUCAAUCUCCUGGAUGAAGUGGUCCAAGUCUCAAGUGAUGAAGCCAUCAGCAUGGCGAAGCAGCUAGCGUUGAAAGAAGGGCUGCUGGUUGGGAUCUCAUCUGGUGCUGCUGCAGUCGCUGCCAUCAGGGUCGCGCAGCGGCCCGAGAACAAAGGGAAGCUCGUAGUUGUGGUCUUCCCGAGCUUCGGUGAGCGCUACCUGUCGUCUGUCCUCUUCGAAUCGAUCAAGAGGGAGGCCGAAAACAUGGUGUUCGAGCCAUGAACGGCUCCAGCAUUGUGCAAAUUGUGCUUCCAUGGUUUAGGGGGCUUGGAGAGAAUGGCGUCCCGAGUGCAUUUCUUCAUGUUGGUCGCACUUGCCAUCAUGUAGUCGCUUGAUCUGAAUAAAGAACUUACAUACAUCAAUCAAAGUCUGGGGAUUCGAUCAGCUUUCCUGGUGUUAUAUGAGCAGUUCAUAUGUGUACUUUCUUCCAUACUGAAAUGUGUAUCUUAGCUACUGAAGCUUCCAUGGA